AUCCGGAGGUGAUGAGUUGGCAAGAAAAGAGCGGUCCACGAGGCGAGUAUGCAGAAACAGAAAGUUGAUGAGAGGAAAAACUGGCCACAGGCAUGUAGUUCAUACAACGGGCGGUUGAUCUUCCUUCUCUAAUUUCGGUGGGUUGUGGUGCUGGAGGAAGAGAGAUAGCAGGCGUGAUUGGCCAUGGCUUGGAGCGCAUCUAGUAUUCGUUUCGCCGGAGCGAUGGGAUCGGCGGCUGAGGCUUCGCCUCCCUUGCCUCCGUGUCGACAGCUGCUACUAAGUAACAACAGAGUGAUGAAGCGUAUCCCUUCUUCAGAGAUUUCUUGUGCAAAGGCAGUAUUUGGAAUUUCAAAUUAUCAGAUUGUAAAUAGAGGAAGGGCGAUUUUUGGACAAGCUUCUUCAUCAGAAACUCCUCCAACGUCAACAACAAUUGAUUUGCUUGGUUCUUCAGAGAAAGUUCUUGUGCCUGGUGUUAAGAGUGACAGCUCUGUGCCACUCUCUGAUAAUGCAUCACAUGAUAUGGAGGCCAAUGAUGAGCUGAUUGAGGACAUCAAAGUAGAAACUACUAAGUCAAUACAAAAUGGAGGAGAGCCCAAAAUUCAACCGAGAGUUGUGCCCCCACCUGGGACUGGCCAAAGAAUAUACGAAAUAGACCCAUUGUUGAAUAAACAUAAUGAUCAUCUUGAGUAUCGAUAUUCACAGUACAGGAAAACAAGAGAGUUGAUUGACAAAUAUGAAGGUGGAUUGGAAGCAUUUUCUAGGGGUUAUGAGAAGAUGGGAUUUAUUCGCAGUGCGGCUGGAAUAACCUAUAGAGAAUGGGCGCCUGGUGCUAAGUUGGCAUCACUUAUAGGAGAUUUCAACAACUGGAAUCCCAAUGCUGAUGUUAUGACCAAGAAUGAAUUUGGCGUGUGGGAGAUAUUUUUACCAAACAAUGCAGAUGGAUCUCCACCAAUUCCCCAUGGAUCUUGUGUGAAGAUACAUAUGGACACUCCGUCUGGUCCAAAGGAUGCAAUUCCUGCAUGGAUUAAGUUUGCUGUCCAGGCUCCGGGUGAGAUUCCAUACAAUGCAAUAUUGUAUGAUCCCCCACCUGAGGAAAAAUAUCAAUUUAAGCAUCCUCGACCAAAGCAGUGUAAAUCCUUGCGAAUUUAUGAAGCACAUGUAGGCAUGAGCAGUACGGAACCCAAAAUCAACACAUAUGCAGAGUUCAGGGAUGAUAUGCUACCACGUGUCAAAAGCCUUGGCUACAAUGCUAUCCAACUUAUGGCCAUACAAGAGCAUGCUUACUAUGCUAGCUUUGGGUACCAUGUGUCAAAUUUUUUUGCUGUUAGUAGUCGCUGUGGGACUCCUGAUGAUCUGAAGUCUCUUAUCGACAAAGCCCAUGAGUUGGGUCUGAUUGUCCUCAUGGAUAUUGUACACAGUCAUGCUUCAAAUAAUGUCCUGGAUGGAUUGAACAUGUUUGAUGGAACGGAUUCUCAUUAUUUUCACUCUGGGUCUCGAGGAUAUCAUUGGAUGUGGGAUUCACGGCUUUUCAACUAUGGUCAUUGGGAGGUUCUUCGUUUUCUCUUGUCAAAUGCUCGGUGGUGGUUGGAGGAAUAUAAAUUUGAUGGGUUUAGAUUUGAUGGUGUAACAUCAAUGAUGUACACCCACCAUGGACUGGAGAUGACAUUCACAGGAAAUUAUGCUGAGUACUUUGGUUUUGCUACGGAUGUGGAUGCCGUGGUUUAUUUGAUGCUAGUAAAUGACAUGAUUCAUGGGCUUUUUCCUGAGGCUAUCACAGUUGGAGAAGAUGUAAGUGGCAUGCCAACCUUUUGUCUUCCUGUUCAAGAUGGCGGGGUUGGAUUUGAUUAUCGACUUCAUAUGGCAGUGGCUGACAAAUGGAUUGAACUACUUUCAAAGAAGAAAGAUGAGGAUUGGCAAAUGGGUGAUAUUGUAUUCACACUCGCAAAUAGGCGAUGGUCAGAGAAAUGUGUAGUAUAUGCAGAGAGUCAUGAUCAAGCUCUUGUUGGUGAUAAGACAUUAGCCUUUUGGCUUAUGGAUAAGGAUAUGUAUGAUUGUAUGGCACUUGAUACGCCUGCGACUCCAGCCAUAGAUCGUGGAAUAGCUCUCCACAAGAUGAUUCGACUUGUCACAAUGGGAUUAGGUGGUGAAGGCUAUUUAAAUUUCAUGGGCAAUGAAUUUGGACACCCAGAGUGGAUUGAUUUUCCAAGAGGUGACCAAUAUCUUCCAGAUGGAAAAUUUGUACCUGGAAACAAUAAUAGCUUUGAUAAGUGCCGACGCAGAUUUGACUUAGGUAAUGCAGAAUACCUGAGGUACCAUGGUAUGCAGGAGUUUGAUCGGGCUAUGCAACAUUUGGAGGAACAAUAUGGUUUUAUGAUUUCAGAGCACCAGUAUGUUUCGAGAAAAGACGAGGGUGAUAAAGUUAUAGUGUUUGAAAGGGGUGAUCUCGUGUUUGUUUUCAACUUCCACUGGAAUAAAAGCUAUACAGACUAUAGAGUUGGCUGUCUAAAGCCUGGAAAAUACAAGGUGGUAUUAGAUUCGGACAAGAAAGAAUUUUGUGGUUUUAGCAGAUUAGAUCACAAUGCAAAGUUUUAUACUUCUGAAGGAUGGUUCGAUGACAGGCCUCACUCAUUCCUCAUCUACAGUCCUUGCAGAACUGCAGUUGUAUAUGCUCUUGCAAAAGAUUAGUGGAAACAAAAUUUAAGGGGUUUGCCUUUUCUCACCAUGCACUUCUCAAGAGAGCAGGUGAGUGCAACAUGUAUAUGAUUCCUGAAAAGUAUAUGUUCUAUAGAUAUCGAGAAGUUAUAAGAUGGUAUCUUCGGUCUGGAUGUACAUGCCUUCGAGAAAUCGCACUGAAUGAUGACAUGAUUAAUUCUGUUAGCACCUAAUCUGGUCCUAUGUUUCAGACCAGCUGUAUAUUUCUUCAAUGAUGCCAUCUAGCCAUUAAAAAUAGUAUCCCUUGAAUUUCUGGCACCCAGAGUUACAUCUUCUAGUUUUGACACUAGAGAUGAGGAAUGUAGUCACACUAGUGAUUUAUGCAUUUUAAUUGAAAUUACCACAUUUCAUUUUGGUACAAAUUGCAGAUGGUACAGGCCUCAUGUCGUAAGAUAUAUUCAAUUCAGGCCUUAAGAGAGAUAAAGAUGAGAGGUAGCUCAUUUAAUUCUACUACUAUCGUGUGGCAUAAACCCAUAGUACAGUUAUAUAAUUUUCAAUGUUUGGCGCUAUAAAUGGUAAUAUUUCAAUUUCUGUUUACACUUUUAUCAA